GGCACCAGGGAAAAUCAGGAUUUAUUGUCAUCUGUAAACUCAUCAAGGGCAAGGUCAGAGCCAUCCCUGAGAGCUCCCCCAGCAGCUCCACCUGCCCCUCCCCCGGCUACGACUGCCACGUGUCCAGCGGGAGCAGCCAGUACUACGUGUACGAGGUGAGCGGGGCGGGGGCGGCCGAGCGGCCCCGCCAGGUGUGCCCGUACGUGCUGCUGUCCUGCCAGUACCGCCCGCCCCGGGAGAUGCCCGCGCCGGCCCCGCCACGCCCAGCGGAGCAGAACCACCAAGAGCCGCAGUCGGCGCCGGCGCCGUGCCCGUGGCGGGGCCAGCUGUGCAUCGGGGGGCGGCGCCUGUGCACCAUCGGCCUGAGGAGCCAGCACAGCGCGGGCACCGUGCCCGCACAGCUGCCUCCCAGCCUGGACAUCAGACACGUCAUGGGCUUGUCUGACUUGAGGAAAAAGCUGCCAGAAGCCGCAUUUGGGAAAAAAAACUACACUGAGAACGAAGUCUGCUUCCAGGGCGUUCACUCCAGUCUCUACGAGGUGGAAAUCUCCCACAGGGAUCAGCCCAAAAUGGAUCUGCUGCUGGAGAAGCUGAAGGAGAAGGACUUGGCAAUCAUCAAAUAUCUGCAGGACCAGGGAGUUCUCAUCCUGCUCACGUCCUCGGCCUUGGCACGGGAGGAUGGCCUGGAGCCCAAGGAGCCCGUCAGCCUGCUGGCCCUGUUCCUGUUCAGCUCCCCCCGGGCGCUGAGCCCCCGAGUGGAGCAGCAGGACGCCAGGCCCAGGAGGGAGGGCAGCUCCAGGAGCUCCCUCUCGCUCAGGAUCUUUGCUAACAGGAUUAAAUCCAUGAUCGCCUCGGUGCUGCCGGGGCUGCGCUACGCCCUGCGCAAGGCCGCCGGCUCCUCCUGCAGCGCCCGCCUCCAGGAGCACCUCCAGGAGUAUGCAGAGCUCCAGGAGAGCUCCCAGGACAUUCCCGGUGUCCCUGUCCCCUCUCCGUGCCAGGAUGGGGACGCCGGCCCUUCCCAGGAAUUUUCGGAGCGGUCCCUGGCCCAGCUGCGCCGUUACCUGUCCGACCCCGGCAGCUUCACCCUGGGGAUCUCGGCAGCCCUGCAGUGCCUGCGUGGGGCUGCCAGGAACGUGGGAGAUGAUCCUGGCAAUUCCUCCUCCUCCUCUUCCUCGGAGCCCCCAGGUGCUGCUCCUUGCACCAGAUCAGCGGGAGCCACGCGGGAUCAGAGAGAGCUUCCCACUCCCGCCCCGGAGAGAUCCCCUAAAAGCGUCACCUCUCCCACCAAGCCCUGGGGCCGGGAGCUCAGGAGGAAAUCCAGCAGGAUCCUGGGGAAGAACAUUCCGGCCCCCGAGGCACAGACACCUCCUAGGGAGGCAGCCAAGAAAAAACCCAGCGGCGCUUCCCCUGGUCCCAAAAAAUCGGGAUCCCCGGGAAAUCCCAAGGAGCCCAUGCUGAAAUUGGCCAACCUGCAGUUGCCACAUGGAAGGAAAAGAGGUGCAGAGGUCCUGGCUGCAGAAAUUGUCCACAAACCCCAGUGUGAAAGUGCUGAGGAGGAGAAGGAAAGCUCAGCUCCCAAUGGUCCUGCCGUGGAGGCAAAGAGGCCCAAAACCCUGGAAAACCUGGACACAAAGAAGGUUCCUGGCACUGAGAGCGGCACCACAAAGCCAGGGAAAAGCAAAACGCAGAAAAACGUGGAAAACAGAGCAGCAAAACCUCAGGAGAAGCAGCAGGAAGGGAGUGAGCGGAAGGAGCAGCCCUCGGAGCUCCCCGGCGAAGCCGCAUCCCAAGCGCCCGGAGCAGAAAUCCCAGGGAAUGUCCAUCCCAUGGCGAUUCCCAGCGCUGCCUUUGCCCUGCCAGGGGACAGCAGCGACUCCCACGCCCUGAACCUGCUGGCUGACCUGGCCCUGGGCUCCUGCAUUCCCGCCUUGAUUCCCAAGGAUUCCGGGGGGGCCCCGGCGGAACGCGGGGAUUCCUCGGAGCGGCAGAGCCCGCCCGACCCCAAAUCCCUGCGCGCGGCCUCCGACCACAAAUACCACAGGGCAGACAGGCAGGGCAGGAAGCCCGCCUGCAGCAGGGUGUGCCAGAGCCAGGCUCUCCCCGAGCCAGCAGAUCCCGGCCCGCUGGCCUCUCCUCCCGGGGAGAAACCCUCUGGGAUUGUCGGCAGGAGCAGCGCCGGGUUCCAGGCGCUCCCUCCCCGGCCGGCCCCGCCGGCCUGCGAGCCGAACUCGCACUCCAUCAUCUCCGCCGAGCACUCCUACGCCUCCCCCAUGCCCGAGGACCCCAGAGCACCCCCGGAUCCCAAAGGGAAUCACCCCAGGAGUUCUCCGGCCGCUCCCCUGGUCGGGAAGGUGCUGCCGUUCCGGCACCAGCAGAGCGGCGCCGCCGAGCCCGCCCGCGGCCAGAGCUGUCCCAGGAGGAAGGAGGAGUUCUCCAGGAGCCACACGGUGACCCUCUGUGGGAGCUCCAUGAAGGUCACCUGCCGCUGGGAGCAGGAAUAUCUGUUCCACCUGGACAGCAGGUACACCAACGAUUCCCUGGAGAAAACUGUCAUCCGGGCCCUGCAUGGGCCCUGGGAUCCCGAUCUCCCCGACGACGUGGAGGGGAUGAAGCUGAUCCUGCACAUGUGGGUGGCCCUGUUCUACAGGAAGCCCAGCAAGCUCCUGAGCAGCUCCAGGAAGGUGGUGGAGCACAGCAACCCCAGCAAAUUCGUCUCCAUCAGCAGCUCCGGCGGCUUCCUGGAGCUCAGCGACGACAGCCAGGACUGCUUUGGCUUCGAGACGUGCCCCGCAGACUCGGGCUGGGACCCCGACCAGACCCCCAGCAGCUCCCUGGACCCCAGCCCCCCUUGCCAGGGCGCCCCCCAGCCCCAGCGCAGCCCCGCGGGCUCGCGGCCGGACGCGGCCGGAGCCGUGGACAGCACCGUGUCCUCCUCCUCGGGGGAGCUGCCCUGCGGGGACGAGGAGGAGGAGGAGCAGGAGCCUUCCUCCACCAGCUGCCCCGAGAGCCUUUCCCUGCAGGAGGAGCAUUCCGGGGAAACGCUGGGUGUGGAGCCCGGGGAGGGCACGCGGGAUGUCUCCGGUGUCACCGCGAGUGUCACCAGCGCGGAGGAGCCAGCCAAGGAGGAGCUGCCGGGUGCCAGGAUCUCCCCCAGCCCUCCCGAGGAGCUCGGCUGUCCCAGCAGAUCCCCGGAUGCUCCGGGCACGGAAAACCCCGGGAGCCAAACCCCGAACUCCAGCACAGCUCCGUGGACAGAGCCCCCCAGUGCCCCUCAGGAGAACGGGGAGCAGGAGAAGCAGCAGGAGAAGCAGCAGGAGGCAGCCCCGGGGAGUGGCCCCGGCCCUCCCGAGGAUGAGGAGGGAGCGGGAGGCUCCGGGCCUUCCCUGGAAGGUGGGGAUGGCGCCGAUCCGCAGCCUGCCCGUGAUUCCCUGCCCUUGGAGGCAGCUCCUGGAAGUGCAGAGCCCGGGGGAGCCCCUGAGGAAGGGGAGGAAUGCCAGGAGCCCUCGGAGCACUCAGAAAAGGAGGAGAGGAAGGAGGAGGAGGAGGAGAUGAAGGAGAAUGAGGAGUUGGAGGAUGAAGGCUCCUUCACGGACCCCGUGGGUUUGGUGCUGUCGGAGAGCAGCGAUGCCGAGAUGGAAUGUGAGCACAAUCCAGGGAAUUCGGCGUCUCCGGAGCAGUUUGGUGUUCCUGAGCAGGACCCCGUGCCCAGCCCCACCUCCCUGGCACCCCCCUGCCCCGGCAGAUCCUCCCCAGCGCCCUCAGGUGGGGCCGGGGCUGUCCCUGCAGGAUUUCCUGAGGAGGUGCCACCAAACCAGGAGCAGCUCCCGGAUCCUUGGGGCGCUCCGGGCACGCCGGGGUCGGAGCCAGACGGGGCUGGAGUGGCCGAGGUGGGGUCACCGCCCAGCGAGAGCAGCAGGGAGCUGGCAGUGCCCCCCGAGCCCAGCCCCGUGCGUGGGGCACAGCCCGACAGCGUCACGGACAGCCCGGGGCCUGCCGGAGCCACGCCUGGGAACGGCUCCGAGCGCUCAGACCGGGAUCCGGCGCCCUCUGGGGAGCCCUGGGAGCCGGCCCGGAGCCCGGGAUCCCCCUGCAGGCCCGGAGUGAGCCUGGCCCUGUCCCCCGACACCAGCUCCGUGUGCCCGGCCUCUCCCAGUGCGUCCAUGGAUCCGUGGGGUGCCCCAGAGGAUCAGCCCGUGGGGAGCCUCCAGUCACCGUCCCAGAGCGACCUCGGACCGCGGGGCGGGGGUGACCCCGAUCCCAGCCCCGAUUCCCUGGGUGCUGAGGAGUCAAACCAGGGCGGGAACGGGGUUUUGGAGGAGGAACAGCUGGGGAGCCCCUCUGGCAAUGGCAUGGAUGAGCUGGAUGAUCCCGUGGGAGCGGGAGAUGGCCGGGACUCCCCCUUUGGGUGCACAGACAUAGGAGAUGAGUGCAGAGCUGAGGAGAGCGGGGAUGUGUUCCCUGGCACGGAGAAUUCCCCUGGGAACGACACCACGAACACGGAGAUGGAGGAGAUCCCUCCCCACCAUCACCUGCUGGAACCAGAGCCCUCCUCCUCCAUCAGGGAGGGCGUCUCAGCCAUUCAGGAGCUCCCCAGGCAGCAGCAGAGCUUCCCAAACAUCCAGGGGGACUCAGCUCCCGCUGCUCCUGCCGCCGGCGUUCCCGCGGUGCCGAGCCGGCGGGAGUCGGUGCUGUGCCGCCUCUGGAAGCCGGGCCGGGAGGGAGGAGCCGUGCAGGUGAGCGUGGCUGCCUGGAGCCUGCACGGCUCCUUCCAUCCCAGCUGUUCCCAAGAGCUGCUGGAGUCCCCAGCUCCCUGCUCACCUGUGGCAGCGUCAGCAGAACCAGGAUCUGCUCCUCCUUCUCCCUGUGACCCAUGGGAUGAUCCGGAGCCGGGCUCACCCCUGCCUGAGGCGCUGCCUGGGAUGCUCCCUCCCACUCCAGACAGUGCACGGAGCUGUGGCAGCCCUGGUGGCCCCCGGAGCCCGGCAGGGGAUGCCGGAGGGAGCCCCGGGGAGGAGGAGCCCUUCGUGCCCGAGGAGCUGGAAGGGGGCAGCGUUGCCAGCCCUGCCCCUUUCCCAGCCCGGGAGUGUCCCCUGUGCCAGCCCUGGGAUGAGUGUGAGCACCACCCCGAGGGAUCCCAGGGGUUCCCUGAUCCCGACUGUGCUGGCACUGAGGUGGGACAGGGGGAAAUUCCCGCUUCUCCCAUCCCGUGGGACGAGCCCAGGGAUCCCUUUGGAGAACCCCCAGAGUUCAGUGACGCCGAGGAUAUUUUGGAUGUGCUCCCAGGGGAAGAGCAGCUGCCAAGCCAAGACACCCACGAGGGCUUGGCCUUCGAGGAUCCAUUGGAGAAUUCCUUUGGUGACUCAGACCAGGAAUAUUUGGAGGGGAAUUCUCGCUCCCCUCUUCCAAGCAGGAGCUCCUGCAUCGUGAGACCCGUGGAUGCUGCAGGAGCGAGGACUACCUGGGACAGCUCCUCCAGGAGCUCCGAGCAGGCGGAGGAGCCCGGGGAGCGCUGGCACUGGGGCAUUCCCAGGGAUUCCGGGGGCCUCGUGGUGACCAGGCAGCGCCAGGAGAGGGUGGCACAUUUCCAGCUGCCCCGGAGGCGCAGCCGCCGCGCCCGCGAGUCCCACCUGGCCCGGUCCCUGCUGGGGACGUGGCGGGGCCUGCAGGAAAUCACCCAGCACACCUUGGACAUGGAGUGCCUCCGCUUCCACUAUAAGCUAAGGGAAAUCCUAAGGAACGGCAAACCGCCCUUUUCUACCUCCAGGAGCCUCUUCCCGACGGCCUUCCCUCCCCGCGCGCCGCUGUCCCCGCGCAGCAGGAGCCCCCUGCGGGUGACGAUCCCGCCCUCGGACGGGCGGCCGCGCUCCCGCAGGGACCCUGGGGCCGCCAGGAGGGCCCGGGCGCGGAGCCGGGAGCGCGGGGCCGCGCUGCGCCUGGCCCGGCUGCGGCACCGGCGCGGCCCGGAGCCGGAGCCCCGCGGGGACGGGGCCGGGGACGUGGCCGGCGUCCUGCGCGAGUUCUCCGAGUUCCAGAGGCUGCUGCUGGCCGGGAGCGCCGCCCCGGGGCAGGGGGAGCCCGGGGGCGCCCGGCCGGGGCCGGCCCGGCCCCGCGGGCCGGCGGAGCUGCGGGCAAUGGUGGCGGAGCUGUGCGGGGCCCUGCGCUGCCACCUGCGCCGCGUGGCCGCCGGCCGGCAGCCCGGCAUGUUCUACCUGCUGGAGACCGGCCAGGAGCCCUUCUUCACCAGGGCCAAGGCCCUGCUGGAGGCCCAGGGCUUUGUGGGCACGGAGCCCCUGAGCUUCUGCAGCGCCCGGCGCGGGCACGGCGAGCGGCUGCUGGUCAUCGUCAGGAACCAGGACAUCGCCUCGCACAUCCACACGGUGCCGUGCCUGCUGGAGCUGAAGCGCUGUCCCAGCGUGGUGUUUGCCGGCGUGGACGAGCCCGAGGAGGUGACAGGGGACACAUUCCAGGAGCUCUUCCAGGCCGGAGGGUUCGUGGUGUCCGACGAGGAGCUGCUGGAAAGGGUGACCCUGGGCCAGCUGAAGGAGGUGGUGAAGCUGCUGGAGAAGCUCAACAGGAGCGGGAGGUGGAGGUGGCUCCUGCACCACAGGGAGAGCAAGCAGCUCAGAGGAGACCUCAGGGUCGAUGGCAGUGCCCGGAGGAAGCAGCAGCUGCUGAGGUGGUGCCAGGGGGCAGAGCUGCUGGAGCUGCUGCCCUUCCACGGCUGCGACUCAGCGGCCGAGCCCCGGCGCGCCCAGUGCCUGCUGGGGCUGCAGGCGCAGCACAUCCGCGCCCGCUUCGCCGUGUUCCUCACAGAAAAUCCCAGCAGCAGCUGCAGGGAGAUGCUGGAAAGCAAAGGAAUUCUGGUGGCUGACAUCUCCACCUUCCUCGGGACGGUGCAGAAAGUGGCUGCUCCCUUCAGAAGAAGCUACUGGUAA